ACAAAUACAAAUACAACACCUGGCACGAAUAAACUAACAUAGAUCAGCGGAUCCCUGCUUUAAUUGAGCGCGCGGGGGAUUUCUUUGCUGUCCUUUCGUUGGAGACGAACAGCUUUGGUACCCCCAAGCCUCCAAAAGCCCCCAAAUUCCAGAAGCCUAAUCGCCCGGUCGUCGGUGAACUGCGCAGCUCCAGUCAUUAUUGAUAAUCGAUAGGCCACUUACAGUACUCCAUUCUAAGGUGUCGUUAUCCGCCAUCUACCUGAAAGUCUGGGUCUAUUGCAUCUUCCCCUUUUUUCUCACCUGCUUCCCUUAACGCAUCGCAUAUCCUCGUCUGCACAAGAUGUCGGCCCAGACCUGGCAACGUGGCAACAACCCCCAGCGGGUCUCUCAAUCCACCGCGAUGCGAUCCGCGUCCGGUCCUGCUGCUCCAAACCAACAGCGACAGCGGAAUGAUGAAUCAUGGGUCGAGGUUUCUUCCCACCCAUCAUCAUCCUCCGUAUCCUCUAUCGGCGACGAGAUUGUCACCACGGGCCUACAGGUAGGCUCGACCUACCACGGCCAAAGACGGCGACGUUUGCAUCCACAAUCCUAUGCGCGCUCCGAUGCUCCACAGCCCACUUUUGUCGCCGGCCAGGUUGGUCAGACUGGUACGAGCAGCAGCCAAGAAGAAUAUGAGGAGAGUGAAAGCGAGGACGACCGAGUUUUAACCAGUUCCGCCGAAAAUAUCGCUUCACCCCAAGCUGUCCGAAGCACUCCACUGCGACAAGUCCAACCUGUCGAACCCGACUCGAGCGAUGACGACGAUCGCGCAACAGCACUGGGGACUCGCCCUUCAGAGCAGCCUUUCCAACCCCAGCCAAAUGCAUUCUCACAUCCGCCUUCCCACUUGAUGCAUCGCCACUCCACAACCUCAUCCCUUCCCCAACAUCAUCACAGACCAUCCUUCGGCCAGCGAUCCCAGACUCGAGUUGAUCGUCGUUCUCCUAAUUUCCAGGCUGAUAACGAUGCUGCGUUGCGUGCUAGUCUGACAACCCUGCUUAGCUGCGCUGCUGCUGCAGGUAAGCGAUCGAAAGAUGGCGAGAAAGAGAUGGGCGAACGCUCGAAUGCCGCCACCGGUAACCAACCUAUUGAGUUCCGCUUCGCUACCGAAGCCGACUUAAUAGGGCCAUCUCCGUCAACCCAGACACGAGGGGCUUCACAACCUUCCAGGCCAACCCCGCAAGCAGCCACGAACCGUGAAUCUGCGGGUGAGAAAGUCAAGCGAUCCGCCACACCUACGCCGAAUACGAAGUCGUCUCGAGCCACCAAGAAGAAGAGAGCGAACGCGGCUGCAGGAGAGGAAGCUUUUAUCAGUCCUACGCUCAUGACCUGGGUCGUAAGUGCUGGCGUGGUAGUGUUGGUAUCCGUCGUCGGCUUCGGGGCUGGCUAUGUCAUUGGAAGAGAGGUCGGUCGUCAAGAGACUUUGAAUGGUCUAGGUGCGGUAGGCAACGCGAGCGCGGUGGCCGAUGGCAGCAGCUGCGGAAGAGAGGUUAUUAGGAGUGGCGGCGGGACUCUGAGGAGAUUCCGUUGGGGCACCGCAGUGGGGAGGAGCGUAGCCGCGUGAGACAAGCCACGGAGGAUACCGAGCUGGGCUUGAUAUUGCUCUUUUUUGCCUUCAGCGGAUAGGCAACGCAUUAACGUAUUACGAAUCGAUGACCUACAGCUUAGGGCAUCUUAUGCAUUUUUGAUAAUUAGCCGCCAUAUUCACAUGACGCCUGCCGGAGUACGAAGUUGGAGCAC